GGGGAGGAGCCGCCGGAGCGCUGUGCGUCUCGCGCGGUUCCUCCCCUGCCGUUGGUAGCGCCCCGUGCGGGGGCGGUGGUGAGCGGCGCGGCGGCGCGGCGGGAGCGGGCCGCCGGCGCCUCAGCGCGGGGCCAUGAGGCACCUGCCGUACUUCUGCCGCGGGGAGGUGGUGAAGGGCUUCGGCAGGGGCUCCAAGGAGCUGGGCAUCCCCACCGCUAACUUUUCUGAGCAAGUAGUUGAAAGCUUUCCAUCUGAUAUCCCUACUGGUAUAUACUAUGGAUGGGCCUGUGUUGGAAAUGGAGAUGUGCAUAAAAUGGUUUUGAGCAUAGGAUGGAAUCCCUUCUAUAAGAAUAUUAAGAAAUCAGUGGAAACACACAUUAUCCACACCUUCAAAGAAGACUUUUAUGGAGAAAUUCUUAGUAUAGUCAUAACUGGAUACAUUCGACCGGAAAAAAACUUUGAUUCCUUAGAUGCACUCAUUUCGGCAAUUCAGGAAGAUAUUGAAGAAGCGAAAAGACAACUAGAUCUACCAGAACAUCUUAAACUCAAAGAAGAUAACUUUUUUCAUCUGCCAGAAGGCAAAAUAGUAAACAGCCGCUGAGAAAACCCACACAGGCUUUUUUUUUUUAAAUUUCUCCCCUUUCAUGGAGCUUUUGUAUUUGCACUGCUCUCAUAGAUACUUUUGUGUCAUAUGUCUGUUAGGUAACCUGAGAUCAGAACCAAGCGUACAAGAUGAUUUUAGUUUUCUUUGGUUAAGUCAUCAUUAGCCCAGCCGUAGAGAAGAACUAGAUGGCUACAUCAUUAUCGAUAAACUAUGUAUCCUAAACUUACCAGGCCUUUAGAGAUCUGAGCACAUUCAAAACAUGACCAAAGUUAAUUGUAACGCCAAGGUGUGGUUAGCUAAUUUAAUGAAGAAUGUCUGUUUUUAACAUAGUGUUCUUCCAGCUUCUUUUCCCAUUUUUUUAUGUCGUUCUUAGAUCUGGGUUUUAGCUUAUAAAAUGGUGUUAUUCAUUGACUCAAAAAUUUGGUAUGAUUGGAUAACAAUCAAUAGCAAGAUUAAUUCCCUAUAGUUCUUGUUUUUUAUAUACUACACAGCUGUUGUGGUUGAAGCUGUUACUUUAAUUGAAAUUAUUUAUUUUAAGUUUAUUUGAAAUGGAAGAAAUUGCUGUUGCUCAUUGUGUUGCUAGAAUCUGAGCUAUACUUCUUUACACUUGACUGAACAUAUAACACAUAAAAUUUAAGUGUAGUUUAAUUCUGAAGAGGUGUUUCACUUAAUUUCAGAAAACAAAUAAAAGUGUGAAAGCUGAUAAACUUAAGGUUCAGGUGCAAUAAAUGCAGAAACAAUAUAACAAGACUUCUGCUCAUAGCACCUUAAAGGACAAAAGGUAGCAAGACACAAAUUUGCAUUUUAUAUGCUGCUGGUAUUUUUCGUAGGAAAAUCUUGAGGUUAUUCACUGCACUGGCAGUAAAAUGUCUGACUUCAAGAUUGGUAUUAUUAUAAGGCACAGAAAAAUCUCAUCAACACUCUGCACUAAAUGCAGGUAAGAGCCAAGGUUUUGACAGACCAAGUAGAUGAAUAUACAGUUGAAAGCCUUUGGGGAUUUAUUGCAUAAUAUAUCAACACUGUAGUAAAUAUUGGUUAUUUUUUACAAGUAGUUGCAGACAGUCUUACUCUGAAAUGUGGGGAUACAAGUGAGGGUUGGACUAGCUGAUCUCUGAAUGUUCUUUACAACUCUAACUGUUCUGUGAUAGAUAAGUGGAAGGAGUACUAUGAGAGUUGAUGGUAAUUUCAAAAAUACUUUGCAAAGUAUUUAAUGUAUGAUUCAGUAUCUACUCUUCUUUUCCUCUGAUAAAUUUUUCUAUACUUUGGUGAAUGGAAGCAGGUUAGCUACAGUGACUGUCACAUUCAUUCUUUUUGACAUCACCCUGUGUGAUGAGAAUAUGUCAGCUUUGAGAAUAUGUCUGGGACAUAUUCUGAAAUUCAAAGUACUUCUUUAAAUAUGUCUCAGCUGUGAUUCUCUCUCUGAACUACGAUGUUCAAUAUGGAACGCACAAUUUCUGUGGUGAAAUUUGAUAAAUUUACUCCUUGUCCCAUCCUAUUCUAAUCCUGCUUUUUACUCUAGAACGUAAGAGAGUUUUAGCAAGGUAGCUGCUUUGGUCUUUGUGGCAGGUGCUGUCAAGAUGAUAGUUUCACUUCAUAUUGCUUUAAAUUCUAAAGCAUGUAAUACUAAAGCCAGUAUCAUGGGCUAUUGUUAGGGGAAAGGUCUUGAGGAAGUCAAGGGCUCAUGUUUGUUCUUUAGGACUUCAGGAGAAAACUUGAUUUUGUGGAAAUGAAUUGUUCACUAGUGCUGUUGAUAUCAGAGGCAGAUACAGUACAUUUGGGAGAGAGGGACAUGGGACAAUAUACUUUCUUUUAAAGUGGAAGAGAAGUAAUUUAGUGGGAUUUUUACUGUAUAAUGUGUUGGAAACUGUGUUUCUAAAAAGUCUGUAUAAGAAUUCUUUUGCAAGAUUGAUGAUUGGAAUUUUAAAAAGGAGAGAUGAAAGGAGAACUUUUUUUUGCUAAGAGUUUAUGCAUUCUUCAGAUUGUGGUAAUGUUAAAAUCAUAUAUUUUACUACUCCUUUUAGAGAAUAAACAGAAGCCACUUCAGUCAACAGAGUAUGUUGUCAACAAUAGAUUGUUGUUCAUCAUGGUACUGUAGCUAAACACUCAUAGCUGCCUUUAAAAUUGAUUAUUGCCAGUAAUGUCUUGGGUCUGUUGUGGAAACUAUGGUGCCUUAAGCUGGUUCUGAAUAGUACUUUUCUGUAUCUGCUCAUAAUUGCCACUAUCAAAAAUUCAAUUCACCAUUUGGUUAUAGAACUGCUGUGCUAUGGAUAGAGAAGAGUAGCAAAGGGAAAACUUGAAAGACUUAGUUUGCUCUCAAAUCCUAGCUGAGGUAUAAUAUAUGGAUACACUGAACUAAGAAACUGCUCUUUCUGUGUUUGUCUUCAAAGAGAGUGUGUUAGUACAUCCAUUUGGCUGAGUGUACCUGACCAUGUUAUUUAAGAGAAAAUGUUAUACAUCACUCUUUAAGCUCAAUAUGUAAUUCCUAGCAGAGUAUAAACUUUAUGAAGGGUUAUAUUUUUGUAUUAUGUACAGGUAGCUGUAUUUUUGUUGAUGUUGUUGCACUGUACCAUUACUAAAGGAACUGUAAUUGACAAAGUUA